AUGGAAACAGAAGUUCGGGACAUGCUGGAAAAAGGGGUAAUUGAGCCAUCGGUUUCACCCUACGCGGCCGGAGUGGUGCUGGUACCCAAGAAAACAGGUGAACUACGGUUCUGCGUCGAUUAUCGAGGGCUGAAUGAGGUCACAAAACCCGACCACUACCCACUCCCGGUAGCACACAACGAGAUCUUCGACACGUUGGGAGAAGCAACUAUUUUCAGUUGCCUGGACUGCCAACAAGGGUACUGGCAAGUGAAAGUGGCGGCCGAGGAUCGACCGAAGACAGCAUUCCGAUGCUUCCUGGGCUUGUUCCAGUUCCUUAAAUUGCCGUUCGGCCUCAAGGGAGCACCUGCGACGUACCAGCGCCUGAUGUCCCACGUCCUGUCGGGCUACACAGGAAAGUUCUGCCACUGCUUCAUCGACGACAUUAUUUGCUAUUCGAAGAACUUUGAAGAACACCUAGAGCACCUGAAGCUGAUCUUCGGCAGACUGAGCGAAGCUGGCAUCAAACUGAAGCCCUCCAAGUGCGCCUUCGCCAAAGAGAGCGUCACCUACUUGGGCCACCGGAUCUCCGUAGGAGAGCUCCGCCCCGACCCUGACAAUGUGGAAAAGAUCCGCAACCUGCCGCCUCCAACAACACGCCGAGAGGUACGCUCCUUCAUCGGGAUGGCUUCCUACUACCGCUGCUUCGUCCCAGACUUCAGCAGGAGGGCAAAACCACUCACGGACCUCACAAAAACAACCGUGCCCUUCGAAUGGGGAAAGAAACAGGAGGACGCCUUCGCCGACCUGAAGCAGGUUCUCACCCAAGAACCAGUGCUCGCCCUCCCAGACUUCUCACAGCCAUUCAUCUUGAUGACCGACGGGAGCUCGACCGGACUGGGGGCAAUCCUAGGCCAAAAGAAGGAGAGUGAGAAGAAAGAGAGGGUCAUCGGGUACGCAUCUCGGCGUACCACCGCCAAUGAAGAAAAGUUCUCGGCCUGUGAACUCGAGUGCCUGGCUCUCGUAUGGGCUGUCCAGCACUUCCGAACCUACAUCCUCGGGAGAAAGACCACGGUGGCCACCGAUCACUGGGCACUCAAAUGGUUGCUGGAUAUGAAGAACGGGAACCCACGUCUUCAGCGAUGGAAGAUGGCUCUCCAGGAGUACGACUUGGACAUCAUCCACAAGCCAGGGAGCAUGCAUCGGAAUGUCGAUUUCCUGUCCAGGAUGUACCAGGAAGAGACCGACGAAAAACAAGAAGAACUCUGCUAUUCCAACGCAACGGCUGAAACACACUCUGCCAAGGAGGACAGGACAAUGCCCUCAAGGGAUCAGGACCUCAGUGCACCCAAGAGCAGACGAGUGGUCUCAGAGAGUGACCGCAGGCCGGUGGAAAUCCAAGAAGACACGCCAUCAAGGCCAACAAUGGGGACGGAAGGCGAAGAAACAUCACGCGCAACACCAGGAGGCGACAUCCAGCCCCUCAGAAGAUCUGAGAAGAGAAGGAACAGCCUCGUCCGGGACCGAGACAUCAACAGCAUACAGACCGAACAAACCUCGGGAAGAGAAGCGACUAACAUCAAAACAGCAUCGGAAAGCCUCGGGAGACAACUGCUGAAACAAGAGCAACAGCAAGACCCCGACUGUUCCGAAAUCAGGGACGCCAUCAACAACCAACGACCCCUACCGAAAUGGGUGGAAAAGGACACAAUUCGAAUCGCCACCGACGGAGUGCUGGAAAAGAUCGACAGAGAUGCAAUCGGAACAGAAACAUGCAAGCCUCUACUCCCGGCCCGUCUCGCAAAGACAGCGGUAGCAGAUGCUCACGCCGGGCAUCUCAAGCUUACGAAAACGCUCGCCAAAUUGAGGGAAAAGUAUCAUUUCAAGCACAUGCACGCCCAGUGUACCAAGUACAUUGCAGGAUGUCAAACAUGCCAAGAGAAAGACCGAGGCAGGAAAAUCAAAGCCCCGUUGGGUAUGCUCCCAAAGCCCUGGGGAGCCUGGCACACCAUCGCCGUGGACGUCCUCGGACCCCUGCCCCAGACAAGGGCCGGAAACAAGUACGUGAUCAUCGUCACCGACUACCUCACCCGGUACGUCCUCGCUUUAGCUGUGAAGGACCAAACAGCAGAGACCACAGCGGAAGCGCUCAUGCAGAAAUUCCUCGAGUACGGUUUUCCGGCGAAACUGAUCACCGACAACGGGCCAAACUUUAGAGCAAAGCUGAUGCAGCAGCUAUGCUCGCUCCUGGAGAUCACCCACCUCUUCACCACCCCGUACCACCCACAGUUCGACGGUCUCUGUGAGAGAUUCAACCGAACGUUGGCCUCGAUGCUUCGGGCAUUCGUACAAGAACAUCAGCGAGACUGGGACGUCCACCUGCCCUACGUCAUGUACGCAUACCGAACGGCGGUGCAGGAGAGCACCAAGGAGACACCAUUCUUCCUCAUGUUCGGACGACAAUCACGGGAACCGCUAGAUCUGCUCCUCCGAUCAGAAGAGGAUCCAGACAAUCUAGCACUGACGAGCAAACCGGCAAUGGUGGUCAGGAUGCACGCUGCUUUUGAACGGGUCCAAGCACAGCUACAAGAAGCUCACACGAGACAGAAGCAGUAUCAUGACCGCGGCUGCAAGGACCGGAACUUCGACGUCGGGGACGAGGUGAUGCUGUUGGACGAGAGAGUUCCGGUUGGACAAACCAAGAAACUACACCCACCCUGGAAGCCCGGAUACAGAAUUCUGGAGAAAGUCGGGCCUCUCAACUACAAAAUCGAACACCCCAAUCGACGUGGGAAGAUCCUGAGAGUCCACCUCGACCGACUGAAGCUGCAAAAGCCAGUUCACAUUUGGCCGUGUGAAGACGAAGAUACACCCGGAGGCCAGGCCUCACAGGCCACAGCAACAGGCCCCUCCCCUCUGGAAACCUGGCGGCGGGAGAAGAAGGGCUACCGACCAUUCCCGGAACACUGGUCGGGUCUAGAAGACACCGAGACGGAAGAGCAAGACGAGAACAACGAAGGAGCAGAAGCCUUCCACACUCCUCUCGCGAUCGACAAGAUGAAGCCACGACAGAUCAUCAACAUGGGAACUUGGCUGCUCAUCAUCUGGAUGUGUCUCGACACCUCCAACUCGCUGCAGGAGCCGGGAGACGGCACCGAAGAACGCGAAAGAGUUAUUCCGGGCCUGCACAGCGGGCUGCUGUUCCAACCAAGGGGACCUCUGUUGCUGGCCACCGGUGUCUGGACGGCAGUGGAACCAGAUGACAACGUCGCCACCAAGGAGGAGGAGGAGGAGGCAAGGGCGUUCCACAAACGCCCAGGGCCCAGCGUCAAGGGCUCGAGCUACACGACUACGCCAGCUGAACCGGAAUGGACCCAACCGACCGAAGGGCCUCGCCAGGCGACGAACUGGAG